AUGGGCAGUUCCGAAGGACAUAUUGAUUUUCAGCUUUACCGUUAUACACCCUCUCUUCCCGCCGCUGUUAUCUUCAUUGUCCUGUUCGUACUCACGACGGCCUGCCAUGUCUAUCAAAUUAUCAAAUGCCGCGCCUGGUAUUUCACUGCCUUUGUCCUGGGAGGAGUCUUCCAGAUAAUCGGAUAUAUUGCACGAGCAAAAGCGCACUCUAAUACCAAAAGUGUACCGAUCUACUCUAUCCAAACAAUCCUCAUCUUGCUCGCACCCCCUCUAUAUGCUGCAUCAAUUUAUAUGGUCCUCGGAAGAUUGGUGGUGCACCUUCGGGCCGAGAGUUUCUGUAUAGUUCCGCUGAAAUGGAUGACUGGUAUCUUCGUGACGGGUGAUGUGAUUGCAUUCAUAAUGCAAGCAGCUGGAGGCGGAAUCAUGGCAAGCGGUACAAUCAGUGCAAUGCAGACCGGAGAGCACAUAACGAUAGGCGGUCUUUGUGUGCAACUGGUAUUCUUCACAUUCUUCCUUGUCACAUCGAUUAUCUUCCACCAACGGAUACGCUCAAGGGCAGCCCCGCAGUCCACAGAAGUCAAGCAGAUCUUUUUUCUGCGCAUCAAUCACAACUGGGAGUCUGUGCUUUGGGGGCUGUACAUUGCUAGCAUCUUGAUCUUGGUACGAUCCGUUUUCCGUCUGAUCGAAUACGCUCAAGGCAACGAUGGCUAUCUGAUUAGCCACGAGGCUUUCAUGUAUGUUUUUGACGCAACGCUGAUGUUCUUUGCCAUGGUUGCGAUGAAUGUCUUUCACCCGUCUAUUGUGUUGCUGUCUGCCCAUAAGGAUACCCGUCAUUCACUCGAGGCUCUUCGGUCUGCCCAG